CAAGUCUAAGAUUGAUUUAUUUAUUUAAAGUUUUGGAAAUUUUCACUUCUCUUCGAGUUACAGAGUAAUGUGAUGACGCCGUUACUUCCGCAACUAUGGAGAAUGACUACGAGGAUAUACUGAUGCUAAAUAUUUCAAAUGCCACGGCCCAUGCCGCCGCGUACGCUGAACCUGAUUCCUUGAACCUUUUGGUGCCAGUGAGCAUAGCGUACUGCAUUAUAUUCGCUGCCGGCAUUUUGGGAAACAUCAGUACAUGCGUUGUCAUCGCUAGGAAUCGAUCGAUGCACACAGCUACGAACUUUUACUUAUUCAGUCUAGCUAUCUCCGAUUUGAUACUCCUUAUAUGUGGGCUUCCCAUCGAGUUGCAUCGGAUAUGGCAUCCGUUUACUUACCCUUUGGGGGAACCACAUUGCAUCGCGUUAGGCUUAGCAUCAGAAACAUCAGCCAAUGCUACUGUAUUAACAAUAACAGCUUUUACAGUUGAGAGAUACAUAGCGAUAUGUCGACCAUUUAUGUCGCAUACAAUGUCUAAAUUAUCACGAGUGGUGCGUUUCAUUUUUGUGAUUUGGGUGUGUGCUUUGUGUACUGCAGUGCCACAGGCCAUGCAGUUUGGUAUAGUGACGGAUGUCGACAAUAUACAAAACACUAGUGUGUGCACAGUGAAAGGUGAAGGUGUUCAUCAAGUGUUCGUCAUUUCGAGUUUUAUAUUUUUCGUAGUGCCAAUGUCUGUGAUUUGUGUACUGUACGCGUUGAUAGGGAUCAAGUUACGAACUUCCACUGUAUUGAAAGUGAAAAAACCAUCUGUCGAAAGCCAAGAGCGGUGUUCCACUGGGACCAGCACUCGAUAUAAAAAUGGUACAGCGCAAGGCCGAGUUAUUAGAAUGUUAGUGGCUGUGGCGCUCUCGUUCUUCAUCUGCUGGGCGCCAUUUCAUGUUCAGAGGUUACUUGCCAUCUACGGCAAGCGUCUGAACACACCAUCUGAAACAUUUUAUCUAACUUACAUCGUGCUGACGUGGUUGUCCGGUAUACUCUACUUCUUAUCGACUGCAAUCAACCCAUUCCUGUACAGCAUUAUGUCGAACAAAUUUAGAAAUGCAUUUAAGGUGACUUUAUCAAGCUGGUUAGGGCGGAGACAUGGACCACGGAUGAGACGUACUUACAGCGCACUCCAGGCGUUUCGUCAGCAACGCGCAGCCUGUCCUUCCGAACAUCAUCCACGAAGAUUCCAACGGCUCAACACGGCAACCACCCAGCUCUAUGAUGCGCCUUCAAGAGCGCAGCUCUGCGAUGGAGGCGAACACGCGUUAGACGAGAAGUCACCUUGGAUGAAUCACUGGGGUUGGGUGAGGCAGCGUGACCAGCCCUAUUGCUCUCCUCAGAGCAUCUCUAAUAGCAGUCUACGAGAAGUCGAGGAAGAAUUGACUGGAGAAGAACUGGCUACGUAUAUGUACCAAGUCAACCGUGACAUAGGAGGACUUACCUGAGACACGCCGGUCUAAAACUGGUAUGAAACACCAGUUUUUGAAAUACGCUUAUCAAUAGUCAGCAGGCCGAUGGGAGAGUUUGGUGUUUACUUUUACAAAUGUCUGUUACCGGUUUAUCACUUAAAUACAA